AUGUUCGUGGAGGAGGAGGAGUGGAGCGAUGGAGCAGGGCCCCGCCGCGCCCCCCAGGCCCCGGGCCGGCCGGCCUCCGCGGUGGCGUCGAGGAAGCGGCAGCGGCGGCGGGGGCUCCCGGGGGUCUGCACGGCCGGGACCGGUCAGGAUGAGGAGCUGGCGCGGAAGCCACCCGGGAAGAGGCGGCAGGCGGCGAAGCGCAGAGCUGCGGCGGGGGAGCCCCGAGAGAGAGAGCAGCAGCAGGGCCCCGACGGAGACGCACCGGCUAAGCCGCCGAUUCCACCCGGAGCUACCGCCGGGGAGCCGCCGCGGAAGCGGCGGAGGAAGAAGCGCGGUCCGAAGAAGGAGCCGCUGGCGGAGCCCUUAGCGGGGCUGGGCUCGGUCACCCCGGGGCUGCCUGGCAAGGACGCGGCUGCCCCGGAUCGGUCGGAGACCCUGCGGGCGCGGAUGGAGGAGCGGCUGCUGGGUGCCCGGUUCCGGUACCUGAACGAGCGGCUGUACACGAGCAGCAGCCGGGAGGCAGCGCAGCUCUUCCGCAGCGACCCCGAGGCCUUCGAGAUUUACCACCGGGGCUUUGCCCGGCAGGUCGCCCGCUGGCCACAGAACCCUACCGACCGCAUCGUCCGGUACCUGCGGAAGCGCCCAGCCUCGCUGGUGGUGGCCGAUUUCGGGUGCGGGGACUGCAGGGUCGCCAGGAGUGUCCCCAACCAGGUGCAUUGCUUUGACCUCCUCCCACUGUGCCCCCGCAUCACUGUCUGCGACAUGGCUCAGGUGCCCUUGGAGGCCGAGUCGGUGGACGUUGGCGUGUUCUGCCUGGCACUGAUGGGCACCAACCUGCAGGAGAUCCUGGAGGAGGCCAACCGCGUGCUGAAGCCAGGGGGCACGCUGCUGGUAGCUGAGGUUGCCAGCCGCUUCGAGAGCAUCCGCACCUUCCUGAGUGCCAUGGCGCAGCUGGGCUUCAGGAGUGUCUCCAAGGACCUCUCCAGCAGCUUCUUCUACUUCCUGGAGUUUACCAAGACCGGAGCCCCCCGGCGUCGCCCUGUGCCCGGGCUGCGGCUGCUGCCCUGCCUCUACAAGCGGCGCUAA